UGCCCAUGAAAUAAUGAUCUUCUGUUUGUUUUUGUUUGGCUUCUUUCUUUUUCUUCCUUGUCUUCACUACUCCAUUUGCUGAUAGCUGAUAAUCAAGUUUGGAACAUUGUGAUUGGGUCAAGAAACCUAUCAAAUACUCACCCCAACCCCACGCCGCUCCCCCCACCCCAAAAAAAAAAAAAAAAAAUUUAAAAAAAAGUUUUUUUUUUCUGCCGAACCUAACCUUGAAGUUUAUUAAGGGGGGUGAGUCUUCAACAAUAUCUGGCAAAGGACAAAGGUUAUGAGAGAAAGCUGAUGAAAAGCUAAAAGAAAGCUGAUGAUAACCGAAAGGGAGAAAGCAAAGAAGAAAAAAGAGCCUUUUUAUUAUUUUCCUCUCCUUGGUGUUAGCUGUAUCUUCUUCUUCUUCUCCUCUUCUCAUGACCCAAUUCCCAUCUCUCUCUUCUCUCCAUAGUUUAUCAUGUUGUAAUUAACCCUUUUUUUAUUCUUCCAAAAACCUAAGAUUAAUACACUCACUAGCCUACUCUUUUCACUGAAUUUCAAUAGCAGUCAUGUUAAGCAAUAAUCCCUCUUCUUCGUGCGACCCUUUUAUUUCCUCAGAGACUGGAAACAAUGCUAGUAGAAGAAAAAGAAGGCCUGCAGGAACCCCAGAUCCGGAUGCAGAAGUGGUAUCGCUCUCACCAAAAACCUUAUUGGAAUCUGAUCGAUACGUAUGCGAGAUCUGUAACCAGGGAUUUCAGAGGGACCAAAAUUUACAGAUGCAUAGGCGAAGACAUAAGGUGCCAUGGAAACUGCUCAAAAGAGAAACACCAAUUGUGCGAAAGCGCGUUUUCGUUUGUCCAGAGCCUACUUGUCUCCACCAUGACCCUUGUCACGCCUUAGGCGAUCUCGUCGGUAUUAAAAAGCACUUUAGAAGAAAACACAGCAAUCAUAAGCAAUGGGUUUGUGAGAAAUGCUCGAAAGGAUAUGCAGUUCAGUCCGAUUACAAAGCUCAUCUUAAAACUUGUGGUACUCGUGGCCAUUCUUGUGAUUGUGGCCGUGUUUUUUCAAGGGUAGAGAGCUUCAUCGAGCAUCAAGAUGCUUGUAGCAUGGGCAGGCUCCGAUCUGAAUCACAAUCUUUACAUCCACCUUGCCUUUCUCGCACAGCUUCAAGUCCUAGCCCAUCAAGCGACACAAAUCUCAGCACAGCACCAUGGUCUAGUACAUUGCUCAAAAAUCUGUCAUCUGCUAAUAAUCCAAAUAUCAUCUUGAAUUCCAAAAAGCAACACAAUUUAGAGCUUCAGCUUUUGACUACAACUACAUCAUCAUCUAGCCCGGCCUUUGAUGUCUCGGUAUCGUCUAAACGGAACGAAGAUCACUCAACUUACAAUCUCCAACUCUCCAUUGGUUCUAACGAGUCGUCAGAAAACGCGAACGAUAAGCGUAAUUCAGAUGCUUUGAGGCUUAAGGAUGAAGCGACUGAGCAGCUAAGGUUAGCCAUGUCAGAAAAGGCGUAUGCCGAAGAGGCGAGGCAACAAGCUAAGCGUCAGAUCGAGUUGGCCGAGCAGGAAUUUGCUAAUGCUAAGAGAAUAAGGCAACAAGCACAAGUGGAGUUGGAUAGGGCUAAUGCUUUGAAAGAACAUGCCAUCAAGCAAAUCAACUCUACUCUCUCGCAAAUAACUUGUCAUUCUUGCAAACAGAAAUUCCAAUCAACUCCAAGAGUUAAUACUGUAGAUGAUAACAACUCGUUGGCAUUGAGUUAUAUAUCUUCAGGUUUAACUGAAGGUCAUCAUGAAGUUGCCAAGAAUAUCAACCUAACCGAAUAUCUCAAACUUUCUCAACGUUAGUUCCUUAUGUGUAUUUCUUCUAUCUCUUUAGUUACUUUAUUUUUUGUAUGUUUGUUGAUUAUAUGAUUAUAGCUAGAAGUGAAGUAAGGUUGCUGCUGCUAAGAAUAGUUAAUGAUGGGAGGAGGGGUUGUAUGAAAAAUGAGUAAUUGGUGUUAUUUGUUUAUUUAAUUCUUGCACGGUGACUGUCAUACUGGUGUUUUCAGCAAGGGCAAUAAUGUGAGAUUUCUUGGUAUCAAA